GGAAGAGGAGCAUUGCGGAGGCAGUGGAGGCGGUGGUGAAGUCACACCUGGCAGUACGCGCGCGCGUGGCGCGUGAUGCCCCGGACCCCACCCCCUGCCUCUGUCCACCAGGACCCCAGGGCAAGAGGGGGAGGAGAGGACGGAGAGGAGAAGCAGGGCCACCUGGAAAACCGGGCCCCAAAGGAGAUCUCGGUCCCAGAGGGGAGAGAGGGUACAAGGGCGACCAAGGAGAGUCUGGACCGAGGAUGGUUUUUCCUCGCGCCAACGCUGGGUUCCUGACAAGCGACCAGCAGAUCAUCAAGCGACACUUCUUUAAGGGUGACCCCGGGGUGAGUGGCCCCCCCGGCCCCCCCGGCCCCCCCGGGCCCCCUGGGCCAAGGGGCCCCCCAGGAGACACCGGCAAAGACGGACCCCGAGGGAGCCCAGGCACCCCGGGUUCAAAUGGAACUCCAGGCGCUCAGGGCCCCAUUGGUGAGCUGGGUCUCCCUGGUAUCCAGGGCCCCCCCGGCCCCGUGGGCCCCCCUGGACUCAAGGGCGACAUGGGAGAGACAGGAGAGUUGGGUCUGUCUGGGCCACCUGGAGAAAAGGGAGAUGCUGGAGUCCCUGGGCUACUGGGAGUUGUCGGGCCCAGGGGUUUGGUUGGGCCCAAGGGUGAGCCCGGCUCUGUGCACGUGCUGGAGGGAGAGGCAGGGGUACGCGUGGUGCAGGGCCCCCCAGGCCUCCCGGGACUCCAGGGCCCCGUGGGAGAGAAGGGAGACGCUGGCCCGGAGGGGGCCCUGGGGCCCUCCGGUCCCAAAGGCGAUAAGGGAGACUUCGGGAUAUCAGGCCUUCCUGGACCCAAGGGCGAGCACGGAUUGGACGGGGAGAAGGGACGCGACGGGGAGGUGGGGGCCAAGGGGGAGCGGGGCCCCCUGGGGCUCCCGGUGAGAGACCACGUGAUGCACACACGUCACAAUAGCAGUGCUGGAGCAAUCCGAUGAGCCACUAAGCCAGGGGUGGGCACAUGUUUUGACUCGCGGGCCACAGUGGGUUCUAGAAUUCGACAGAGGGGCCGGGCCAGGAGCAGAUGGACGGAGUGUAAAUGUGUGAACUAAUAUAAAUGACGUGUCAAAAAUCAUUACGUGAAAGGAUUUGGCCUUCAACAGGUAGCAAAGCGUUUAUUUGCGAGGCAAUUGAACAAAUUGCUCGAACACGGACUGAUCAAACAUCACGAAAACAUCUGAGGCUUGCGCCCAAACCAAUCACCACACUCCCGGUUUAAAGUGCGCCAUCUAAUGUGGGAAUGGCGGCAUGGCAGGAGAAAGGAAAAAAUUAAUAAUAAUAAUGAUAAUAAUAUUACUUGGACAAGUUCGGCGAGCCGGAUUAAAAAGACCAACGGGCCGUACGUUGCCCGUGUCUGUACUAAGCUCCUUUUUCACGAAUGUCCGGUUUGGGGCGGGUAAGAUCGUUACAACAACAAGCAGUACAAACGAACAAAAUCACGAGGAGAGAGUGCGGAGUACGCAAAAGGUCAACAACAUCACCCGAACACAAACAAAUACGACGAAGCCAUCCCCAUCCUACAAAGUUCCCCCGUAGGAUAGCUUCCAACAAAGAUUGUUCGGGCAAGUGCUGUUCACGAGCGGCACCUGUGAAGGCCGGCACGGCACGCGAAUGGGGUGCGUGGCAAACACCAAGGACCAAGCCCCGGCCGCCUUUGUCUCCCCCAGUGCUGCUGUUUCCUACACACACCGCACCAGGUACUCAUUUUAAGGCUGAGUCGACCUCGCGGAAGCCCAGGGGACCGGGUUCAGAUGAUAGUCACGUGAUCGGGAAUCGAACUACGGGUCGCUGGAUUCGUAGCGCAGCACACGAACCACUACGACUGCCGCUCCACUGGUCUCCGCGUACACAACAACAACAACAAGUGCCAGGCUAUGUGCACGUUGAGGCCACGUGAC